GCGAAGGAGCACGCUUUCCUGCUCUGCACGAAGCUGAGUAGCUCAGACUAGCUCCUUCUGUGCUGCAGCCACUUCUACUUUCACCAUGCAGAACUCUUGCAGCAUUGCUGGCAGCUCUCGCCUUUCCUCAGUCCGAACAGGAGGCUCCUGCCGUGCUCCAAGCAUCCACGGAGGAGCUGGUGGCAGGGGUGUCUACAUGUCUUCAGCUAAGUACACCUCCUCUGUAGGAGGUGGGUAUGGCGGUGGCUCGUGCGCUGGUUUUGGAGGAGGCUUCAGUGGCUUUGGUGGAGGCGCUGGCUUUGGUGGAGGAGCUGGCUUUGGUGGAGGAGCUGGCUUUGGUGGAGGAGCUUGCUAUGGUGGAGGAGCUGGCUUUGGUGGAGGCUCUGGCUUUGGUGGAGGUGCUGGCUUUGGUGGAGGAGCCGGCUUUGGUGGAGGUCUUGAUGGUGGUGCCUUCGGUGGUGGUGAUGGCCUUCUUUCUGGAAAUGAAAAGAUAACCAUGCAGAAUCUGAACGACCGGCUGGCCACGUACCUGCAGAAGGUGCGAGCACUGGAAGCAGCAAAUGCAGAAUUAGAAGUCAAAAUCCGAGACUGGUACCAGAAGGAAGCCCCCACCAGCCCAGCUCGAGACUACAGUAACUACUAUAAGAUAAUUGAAGAUCUCCGAGACAAGAUCCUUGCAGCUACUAUUGACAAUUCCAGGGUCAUUCUGGAGAUUGACAAUGCCCGGCUGGCUGCAGAUGACUUCAGGCUGAAAUAUGAGAAUGAGCUGUUCCUUCGCCAGAGCGUAGAGUCUGACAUCAACGGCCUGCGCAGAGUCCUGGAUGAGCUGACUCUGUCCAGAGCUGACCUGGAGAUGCAGAUCGAAUCACUGAAGGAGGAGCUGGCCUACCUCAAGAAGAACCACGAGGAGGAAAUGAAAGAGUAUUCCAACCAGCUCAGUGGCACAGUCAGCGUAGAAAUGGAUGCUGCUCCUGGCAUCGACCUGACCCGAAUCCUCACUGAGAUGAGGGAGCAGUACGAGGCUCUGGCUGAGAAGAACCGUAAGGACGCCGAGGCCUGGUUCCUCACUCAGACUGAUGAGCUGAACCGCGAAGUAGCCACUCACACAGAGCAGAUACAGACCAGCAAGUCGGAGAUCACAGAACUGAGACGCACGCUCCAGAGCCUGGAGAUUGAGCUCCAGUCACAGAUGAGCAUGAAAGCUGGACUGGAAGCCAACCUGCGGGACACGGAAGGCCGGUACUGCGCACAGCUGUCACAGAUCCAGAACCUCAUCACCAGCGUUGAGGAGCAGCUGAGUGAAAUCCGCUGUGACAUGGAGCGUCAGAACCAGGAGUACAAAAUGCUCAUGGACAUCAAGAGCCGCCUGGAGCAGGAAAUCGCCACAUACCGCCAGCUGCUGGAGACCCAGGACUCCCAGAUGACAGGAGUGAACCCCAAGGAUGCGUCAUUUGCGAGCAGCGCAAGAUCUCGCGCGGCUGUGGAUGAGGAUGGAAAACCUGCGGCAGCUCGGAGAUUCUAAUAGCGAAAUUCGGAGUUCUCUCGUUCCGACAGCAGCUGUACCGCACCGGUGACAAGAACAGCGCAGCCCAACCUCUGGCUAAUGCUACGAGAAACCUGCUUUUACUUUUGCUAAACGACAAGAAUGUAAUCCAAAAACGUGCAACAGCUUGAUGUCUUGCCUUAGAUUUCCUCUCCCUUUUCACAUCAUUUGGCUCUACAGGUCAGAGGUGAUGUGCUUGUUUCCUGUCAGUAGCUAUAGAGCACCCUUAUGAAAAACCCUACACAAUAAAGUUUCUCUUCCGCUUGUGCAAACACA